UCACGUUCUAUCCCAGCCUACAUGAUUGUCUUUAUCUUUGCUCAGCUUUUUCAACUGGUCUUUGCAUGGGAUGCUGUCCGAGCCCAAAAUACGAUCGAAUUAAUUGGAAUUGUCAUCUUCAAUUUGUGUUGCUUCGCCUACUCGAUAUUUGAAAUCUCACAAACAAAGAAUUCGCUUCACAUGGCUGCAAAGGAAGGCUUUUUCGUCCCGGAAGAGAAAGCUAUGGAAUUACAAUCGAAAAUUAAUCCUGGUUUGAUCGUCGCCAUCUGUGUCAUUGGUCUGACUCAGAUCCUGAUUACCUGGCUUGCCUAUCGACUCUUUAAAGAGUUUGGAUGGACCAUCUACAAGAAAAUCGGUGCUGAUCCCACUAUAAGACGAAUGUAUCGUUGGUAUCAAAUCUACCUGGUGUUGAUCAAGGUGGACUUCUUCUUCUUUAUUGGCUUCUCAAUCCAAUUCAUUUAUUUGACACUCUUUAAACGAGGAGACGAUCCAGAGUAUUGGUUGACCAUCAUUGUGCUGCCCCUAACACUCGUGAUCCUUUAUAUCGCCAUUUAUGCAGUCCGACAUGAGAGUCGUCUCUGGAUGGCCACAUUCUUUAUGGCCAUGCUCUGUGGCGUUGUUUAUUUUGCCUUUAAGUUUGUUCGGAUGUAUGUAGGACCCAAGGUGAUCAACGUAGUCGGUGUAAGGAAUUUUUUGACACUCUUUGCGUCGCUAUGCUUGAUUACGAUUAUAUCGACCAUUAUCAUUGGCGUGAUCUGUUAUCGCAACUUUGGAAAGGGACUCAGGCCACAUUUGAUGCCUAGACAGGGCGUAUCGUCCAGGAAAACAUUACAGACCACU